CGGGCAAGGCCGCCCGCCCCGGGACUGGAGGCUGAGGCGGGCAGAGGCAGCUCCAGCUCUUCCCGAGGAGGCGGCGGCGGUGGACUGCAGGCAAAUGAGAAAGCAAAUCACUUGAAACAUAAGCAGUGGUUCUUCCCUGGAGGGAGGAGAUGGGAAUUCUCCUGUGGCUCUGAGUGUUGCCAGGUGCCAGAAGUGGUCCCCAGUGGUGGUGGACAGUUAUUCUGAGUGACGGCCCUUGCACACGCUUCUGAGUGGUUAUCAUGGGCUUCAUUGCCUUUCUGAAGACCCAGUUCAUAGUUCACCUCCUCAUUGGGUUUGUCUUUGUUGUGAGUGGACUGAUCAUUAACUUCAUUCAACUAUGCACACUAGUCCUCUGGCCCAUAAACAAGCAGUUUUAUCGCCGAGUAAACUGUCGCCUUGCCUAUUCGCUCUGGAGCCAGUUGGUAAUGCUGCUGGAAUGGUGGUCAGGCACGGAGUGCACCUUGUUCUCAGAUGAGACCACAGUGAACACCUUUGGGAAAGAACAUGUCAUCAUCAUCUUGAAUCACAACUUUGAAAUCGACUUCUUGUGUGGCUGGACUAUGACAGAGCGCUUCGGAGUGCUAGGGAGUUCCAAAGUUCUUGCAAAGAGAGAGCUACUAUAUGUGCCCCUAAUUGGCUGGACAUGGUACUUCCUUGAGAUUGUUUUCUGCAAAAGGAAAUGGGAAGAGGACAGAGAUACAGUUAUUGAAGGACUAAAACGUUUGGCUGAUUAUCCUGAAUAUAUGUGGUUUCUGCUGUACUGUGAAGGAACUCGUUUUACAGAGACCAAGCAUCGAAUCAGUAUGGAGGUAGCUGAAUCCAAGGGCUUGCCUAAACUGAAAUACCAUCUGUUGCCCAGAACCAAAGGUUUCACCACUGCUGUCCAGUGUCUCAGGGGAACAGUUUCAGCAGUGUAUGAUGUAACACUAAAUUUCAGAGGAAACAAGAACCCAUCUUUAUUAGGAAUUCUUUAUGGAAAGAAAUAUGAAGCAGACAUGUGCGUAAGGAGAUUUCCUCUGGAAGAUAUCCCUCAAGAUGAAAAGGAAGCUGCAAACUGGCUUCACAAGCUUUACCAGGAAAAGGAUGCUUUGCAAGAGAUGUAUAAUCAGGAAGGCAUAUUUCCUGGCCAGCAGUUUAAACCUCCUAGGAGACCAUGGACUCUCCUAAACUUUCUUUUUUGGGCCACAGUUCUCCUUUCUCCUCUCUUCACAUUUGGCUUUGGAGUUUUUGCAAGUGGAUCACCUCUCCUUAUUCUUGCAUUCCUGGGACUUGUUGGAGCAGCUUCCUUUGGAGUUCGUAGACUGAUAGGAGUAACUGAAAUAGAAAAAGGCUCCAGCUAUGGCAAUCAAGAAUUCAAGAAAAAGGAAUAACUGACAGCUGCCGUUCAGCACAUAUAACCAGACUAUGGUAUCCAAUUAACUUCAGUUACAAACCAACAACAAACACUUAGAAACUAUCUUUUUCUUAAUAACUGAUGACUAAUAAUAAUGAAUAAAACUUGAGCCAAGAAUGAAGAAGUUGGAGGCAUCAACUGAAGAGAACGCAUCAACUUUUCUGCCUGUUUAAGGGUUACUGUAGCCAAACUGUGGGAGAAAAUCUGGGGUGGGGUGGAAGAAGAAACUAAUUUUUCUUGCUUGGGUCUGGGACUUGGGGAGGUGGAGGGAGAAUGAGAGCAUUGGCUUAUAGCCACAUGCAUCUUCAGAUGACUCAGUAUGCUGGUUUCUGUCAAGAGCACUACACUCACUUUUACUACAGGAGCCAUUGAAUGUUUCCUCUUGCUAAAACCAACAUAUAAUGUUUGUUGAUUUCCAACUUUUUUUAUUACUGAGCCAGAAAAAAAAAACUUAAAUUGACAGAUGUUCCUUGGGUUAGAGUCAUUUUGGAAAGGCUGUGUUGUCAUGGCUGGAAGUGAAAUCCUAUUUGUGUAUUUCACUGGUACUUUUUUAUUUUCAGGCAAGGUCUUAGAAGUUCUGUAAUGCAAGAGAAUGGAGAGAGGAAUUUGGAAGCAGUGUGUUACUGAUCAGCACAUCCCAUAGAACAGAUCCAGUAGUAUUAAAACAGUAUAAAAUUCUCAUCAUCUCUGCUGCCAGCUGCUCAAGUCUGUUUAAUUUCAAAAUACUAUUUUAGUCUUGAGUGUUUGCCCUGUUUCACAUCAUACAGGUAUGAUAGUUCUGCAUCUGUUUGGGCUCCUUUUGCUUUCUGAAUUGCUGGUGUCUGUGGGAUUCAGAGUUGUGCAAAGAAGGAAAUUUAUUCAAUUUGUCCUAAUGUUUUCUCCUUUUAUUUCUGUUUGCAUCUCUGAUCACCAAAGUCCAGUUCAGCCAACCUCUCUCAGUAGCAGCAGAAGUCAGCACAAUGGUUUUCAAAACGUCUUCUUUCACAAAGACUUGGAAAGGAGACAUCUGUAGCAGUCAGAUUUCAAAUACUGGCAUCUCUUGAACUUCUAAUGAGAGUUUUAAAGAGAAGUUUAAAUGGGGCCAGGAUCUCAUCCUGUGUGCUGUAAUGAUAGGGUGUGCUGCACUUUCUACUUGGUUACACUUUAGAUGUUACUGUGAAGUAUAUUUCAAGGUGAGCUGUGCUGUUGAACAUUAGAAAGACUAUGGAGCCUCUUCAGGGAUUUUCAGUAUCUUUAGUUUUGCUUGUUGACCUUUGGGUUUUUGCAUUGAAAAAAUUAGAGAUCAGAAUCAUGACUGUACAUGUUCUUUUUUGUUGGUUGGUUGGGGUGGGGUGGUUUGGGUUUCUUUUUUUCCUUUUUCUUUUAUACAAACGCACAUUUUGAGAUAUUUGUAGAUUGCUGGAGAAGUGUUUGCAAGCAGACAGAAACUACCUGUAUGUCCACGUCUGAAGGCCACAAUCUGCAUUUGGUUACACUCAGAAGCUGGUGACAUAGGUUGCAGAACUACAGCUGAGGGCAGGAGCUUGACCCUUGGGACCUGCAUUUUUAACCCAGCUGUUACUAGAAUAUUUAUCUCACUUUUGUGAGGAGCAGAUCUUAUCAAAGCACUGGUCAUUAUUUUCAUCUUUUCUCUAGUAACCAAGAUAAGAGAGUAAUGAUCUUUCCAUAUUUGCUCUAACUGUUGGAAUGUAACCUCUUCUCUCUCAGAAUUUUCAGUUUUCAAACACUGGAAGAGCAAAUUUGUAACUUAGAAAAAAUAUUUCACUUGGGGUCAUUAAUCACUGUUCUGUCAUGCACUUGAUUUUUAGUUGUGGUCUUUUCAACAAGAGCAUUUGAAGGAUGACCUGUGUUGUCUUGUCUCCUGUUAGACUCAUUCUCACUGAAUCAUUGUACCCAUAGCCCCAGCACUAGUCUGUCAUCUUCAUCCCCUCAAUAAACCUUCCCUAAGAUGGAGGACGCAAAACUGUUGUUAGUCUUAGUGGAAUUUGGAGUACGCUUUGGGAACUGAGGAGAGCAGCCUAGCCAUGACUGGUUUCUUUGUUGGGUGUUUUUGUACUUUGUCUUUAAAUCUGGUUAGACUUCCAAAUGCUCUGACUUCUCCCUAUUUGUUUGGGUUUUUUUAACCUGAGGACUAAAAGCAGUGAGAUAUGUUUUCUUUAAGUAAUUCAGUAAUGGAUAUAAUUCUUGCUUCUUAGAAAGGUGGUAUAAAUGCUGUAUACUUGCUUCCUGAAGAUGAUAUUGAGUAAAUAUAAAUUGUACUGGCUUAGCAGAAUGAGGCUUGCAAAGCAGGCUGACAAUUGACUGUUUCAUACUUAUAUUUUGAGCAGUAUAUUAAUGGGCAUGACAAAAAUUUAACAAAAUAAAUCCCUUCUUAAUGCUGAGAAGAGGGGAGAUGCUUAAGGGAGAAGGGAGUGAAUAGCCUUUCUCUUUAUGGGGUUCUUUUCUCCUCUUAGUGCAUGUAAUUCCCUAUUCAGAACCAUGGGAUAAGUGCAUGUACAUCAAGGGGAGAAUAAUCAGCAUUUCGUAUUUUCUUGUCAGAACUUACUAGUAAUUAUUUCUUUUUUGAAACUAUAGGAAAUGCAUCAUCAGUUACUUAAGUUUUGCUCUUCUGAACAUAUCAGUAAUGAUUUGGAAAACUGAAACACACAGCAAUGCACAAACCAACACAAAACUCAACACAAAUUUUGAGUUUUCUCUCCCCACUUAGGGGGUUUUAUACACACACAUGCACACACCUGCGCAGAGUGUAUAUAAAGUGACUGGAAAUAGCUGAAGUUAAUGUCACUAAUGAAGAUUAGCAAGUGGCUUGGAUUGGAAAAGUGAGCAUAGAUUUUAUAUCUUAUUUUCUUCUGGUCUAAUAGAACAUAGCUUGUAUAUUUCACUACCAAGCCCCUUAAGAGCAAUAAUAAACAAAAAUCUAUCAUGUUUUCCGUCUUUUGCUUUACAAACAUGGUAGGUUUAAUAAACUUGAAGCUGUAGGAGAGUUUUCUUUCUCCACCUGUCAGAACUUUCAUCUAUUGCUUGGCUGUUUAGACUAAAUACAGUAUUCUCUGGUAUUGAUUUGCCAGAGUUCAGCAUUGACUCUGAAGAUGAAUGGUUCUCAGACUAACUUGGACAGAUGCUGUGCUCUUGGCCUUGGCAACAGUUGUCACUGUCGUGAAGAACAAUGGUGUUGCUCUCAAAGUGGGAUUUGCAGUUCCAAGGUAGCAUUCCCUUGACAUAACAUCUAAGAAGCCAGUGGGAGAGCUCAGAGGCUGCAGGUGUUGUAGCAUCUGUCAGUUAGGAAGGCACAAAAAGCUGAUGCUGAAGAUAACUGGUGUCCAGAAGUUUUGGCUCAUUGUGGGCUGAAUGUGCUCUUACAGUUGACCUUGCAUCACUGAGCAAAAUCUCUCUGGCACAAAGAGCAUGGGCAAUGUUCUUUUGUUCUGCUUAACUUAUCUUGAAGGGCUUUAACUUAAUCAAUGACCAAUGAAUAUGGUGACUACCUUUGUCCUAAUUGCCUAGUACUCAUGGAAGAAGUGAGAGUGUCUGCUCACUUCCACAUGACACUACUUGUUUCUGUCACUGAUGUCUGUAUAUUUGCUUGCCUGUAUUUUCUGCAGAUGGCUUGAUCAUGACCUCUUAGCUGGAACUUAGAGCUUUACAGUUAUACCAAUCCUUUAGAAAUUGUCUCACACAGAUGGGUUUUUAUCUUCUAUAUUUUGGCACUGUUCAGUUGGUCUGAAGUAACACAGUUGUGUUUAAGCAACAAUGGAGCUAGGCUGCACCAGAGCAAAAGUUUGAUUAGGGAGAGAAGUUUUUCCCAGACCUGCUCACACAGGCCAUCACUACAUGGUAGCAGGUACCUCUGGCAUUGAUGCAACCAAUACAAGAGAGCUGGGACAUGGUCUUCACCAACAGUAACUGUUAGCUAACAGUAGAUAGUAAGUAGGGGUUCAUUGUAUGUCUCAUAAUUGCUAAAGGUACCAUUUCUGUCUGGAACUACCCCAAAAUCUGUUUCUGUUUCAUGUGCAUUUUGAUUAAAGAAUGUGGGGCUAAGGGUUUGUGUUAAUGCUGAGUUCACACUAUGCAGCAUUUUGGGUUGAAGACAAAUACUCUCUGGUUUUGGUGUUUUGGAGAAAUAGGCAUUAAUAAGUCCAAGUCAGAUCUCACCCGAGAGUAUUUUGUUCAGAUGCUGGAGGCCAAUGAAGAUAAAAGUGAAAAAUCCACUUCUAGAUUCCCUUUGGACAUUGAAUGGAGCAGUGUAGCUUACAUUAUCUCCUGGAUGCCCAUGGGCUUUAUGGCACUUAGUGUGCAGUUCCUGGUUUGCAGCAGAGGAUCCCUGCACACAUUCUGGUUUAUGCCUGUGUAAUGGUAACGACGAAUCUGCACUUGGACCCAGGUUGUCACAGUUGCUCGUUUCCAUAUUUCUGAACCCUUUGGUCCCUGAUGGGCUGCUCCAGGACUGCCACUGCUGAGUGAAGCUGUGCUCUGAAGCAGGUGACAGCUGUGCUGAGAGCUGUGAGGUGCAUGACUGGAAGGAGCAAGAACAGACAGAUCCAGCCAAAUUCUUGCCCCAAGAAAAUGGAGCUAUUGCCAGCAUGUUUGGAACCAGAGAUAUAUGUGUGAGUGGGCAGUCAAACUCUGAUGCCAGUACAGAUGUGAAACCUCCCUCUGACAACAAGGUAACCCUUGCCAUGUUCAUUUGUCUUGCAGAUAGCAACUCUUAUUCUGCCACACUUCCCCCUGCUUAUCUUGCAUACUUUAUCUGAUCAUCCCGGCAAUCUCUGCAUCAAGAUCCUAACAGAUUGUCGGUUGUGGGGUUCUUUACCUUCUGUGGUUUUGAGGGGAAGGUUUCUGGAAGACAGUUUCACAGUAUCUGCAUCACAGGUGGUAGCCACCAGAAAACUCAUGAAAACAUUUCACACUUUGGGAUUGGCAAGUCGGUGCACCGACAUCUGUACAGCAAACAUGUCGUGUUUCUCUUAUCCCCAGCCUCUCUAGAUUUAUGGGGAGCUGCUUAUAUUGUUUUAAGUAUAAUACCUAUAGUUUUGGGGACUCUGAAGGAAGUUAAUUUUGUGCACUUUCACUGUUGAGAGUACUUAAGUGCAGGUGACUGUCUAUUUCAAAGAAGCUUUACAUUAGCAGCAGCUGUGUUUUCUCUUUUUAAGGGGAAGUGUAUUUUAAAAAGAUGCUUUAGCAGAAACCAGAAUAUCAUACUGCUUUAAAAAAUCUAAACUGGGAGUAUUCUUUAGUGUGGGAAUACCACCACCAGUUUGCAGUCUUACAUGACUUUUCUCUUGGUGGUGUUUCUUUCUUUUUGGCUAAUAUGCAUUUCCAAGCAAAACCAAUCUAUUUACUAGUCCCACUAAAAUCUAAUUUACAAAGGGAGCGAGAGUGGGCAGCAGAGGCUAAUCUGAGAAUUAAUUGCUGUCUCCCCCCAAGGCAUGAGCUGGUUCUAUGGACCUCCUUUAUUGUGUGCAUGUGCAUCUAUGCAGGGAGCCAAGCUGUGUCCCCUACUUUGCUUCAGCCUUGUCAGAGCUGUACGUUGUGACUACUGAAUGCUGCUCGCCACUGUCAGCUGGCACAUUGCUCUUUCCUUAACGAUCACCAGCAAAUACUGUAGCUUUAAAAUCCUCUCUCUGAGAGAACCUCACCAUCCUUAACCCCAUGGAUUUGUUACAAACCUGGCUUUUGGAGGGAAGUGUUAAGUACCAGAUGAUCAUUAUUAGCCAAACCUAACGAGUAAUUAAACCGUAUACAGGGUAUGCAUUUACUGUGCACGUGUAGAUACUUUUGUACAUUUUUACAGUUAUUUCUUACACUUGCUUUUAUGACAUCUGGAAAAGAUGUGUCUGCAUCUGGUUUAAACACAAGAAGCUGUUAAGAAAAGUCAGUCCUGUCACCUACUGUAGUUUCUACUAAGAUCUGUGCCCACAGCAAAUAACGCAGAUUUGCAGUGCUAUGCAACUGUUACUUUGUAAGUUGUCUCUCAAUUUCGCUUCAGCAGUUCCUGCUCUUUUUACUGGGCUUUCAGAGAAAGAUGAAUGCAAAAGGACUCAUCUUGUAAAAUAAAAUAGCUUUGGCUGUGUGAAGGUA